CUUCCAGUCCGGCUCUGGAGCCCGUGAGAAAAUCAAAGAAAAAUCUUCAAGGUUAAAAACGUCGCAGCCCGCACGUUACAGUAGGUUACGGUUACAGCUCAACCGCAAACCAUGGGUCGCCGGCUACAUUAUAGCCUGCUGCUGCUCGCGGUCCUAUUAACUACCGUCCCAGGUUCAACGCUCGCUCAGGCAAAAAGCGAGCCUACAACUCAAACAUCAAUCCUUGAGGGUGGUGUACAGGAAUCUUCCUCUGAGACCGCGACUGAAACAACAACGGAGGCAUCCAACUGGCAGCCUACAGAUGAAAUUACUGAGCCUGGUUCGGGUUAUGAGCCUGAAGACUCUCCUCAGGGUGCAAUAACGGGAAAAAUUGACUACUCAAGGUGGAGCGUGUUCAAAGUGAACGGUCCCUCGCGAGGCGUGGUUCUUUCGGGUCUGGGAACUGAGAAAGCAGAUGUGGCAGAACGAGUCGAAGUUCUCGAGGAGCUCGAAGAAACAUCCGGAGUACGUGUAUUGCACGAUAAUCAGCUCCAGAAUUAUUUUCAGAUCGCAGUGUCGCCUGAAUCUCGAGUUGAAGUGAUGCUGAAGUUGGCAGAGCGAGGCUUCUCGUUGGACGAUACCAACGUUGAUCUCGGCAAGCUUAUUGAAGAUGAGGAAGCAAAACGCGCUUUUCGGCUGGCGCCACUAAAAGGCGAGGUCACUUUUGACAGCUACAUGACUUACGAACAGAUCGAGAGUUUCAUCACAGAGUUCGCUAACCGACAUGCUGACGUGGUGAAGCGAAGCGUGAUUGGCCAAAGUGUGGAAGGUCGAGACAUCCACAUGUUGACGUUGACGAAUGGUCCAAGAGCGACCCUCAGUGGAGCUCGACGAAACCGACAAAGCUCAGCGUUCCCUACCAACUCGUCUCCUAGCAUCGAUGAAACGCUGAAAGCUUUGGCAGGAAUUAUAAGCUGGAGUGACAGUAAAACUGCCGAUUCAAGCGUCCAAGAUCGCAAGGAAGAGGAACUUGACCAGCGCAAGAAUGACCCAAAACGCGCCGACCCCGUGAUACUGAAUGAAUCCAGGACAACAGAAGGAUCCAACAUCCAUGAGUUUCUUGAUCACAUGGUGCAUAACAUGCCAUAUGCUUUGAUAAACGGUGAAAUGCCUGCAGAAGGAGCAAUUGAAAACACCUACUCGACUCUCAAAAAAAUUAUGAACGUGAGCCCAGCUCGAAGCGAUGAUUUUUCCUUCAAUAACUUCCCGAAUGAACCUCGUGAAAUUCACAUAGCAUAUAAGGUCCUGCAAAAAAUUAUUAACUCUGAUCCAAACCAUCCAAAGAAUAUUGGAAUAGAAGGCGGAGAAGAUGGUACUGUUAUUAGCAGUAUAAACCGAAUUGCUAAGACACUACACUUCAGAAGCGCCAAUAGAACAAGUUCGGACCCAAAUCAAAUCGACAGAGAAGCGGAAAUAUUGCUCAUUGUAACGUCCAUACUUCCAAGCGAAUACACCAGAAACAAAACUAUUGUCGAUUCAGUGACAGAAUCAGUUAGAAUAAUCCUUGAAAAUCUGCCUCGGGGAAGCAAUUUGACCGAUGAAAUAGUAAAACAGAUCGCUCCUAAAAUCGUGCAGAUUCCUGGAGUUGUGGGGGUCGCUUCAGAUAGCCGGCAGACGCGACCUGAUCUCAUUACUAAGUUGGAGCGAAUUUUGCUUGCUAAGAAUUCUUCUCAAGACACCGAUACGCCAAACCAGUCAUCAAAAAAUAACCAGAUGGAAUCCGAUAUACCAAUUUUGAAGGCAUCGACUAAGAAACCUGUUAUUUUCAUCGACGGUGGUAUACACGCCAGAGAGUGGAUAUCGCCCGCAUUCCUGAUGUACGCGCUCACGCAGCUGGUGGAGAGUCCCGACCUGCUGGAGGGCAUAGAGUGGCGGCUGGUCCCCGUGUUGAACCCCGACGGCUACAUCUACACUUGGAAGUCGGAUCGCAUGUGGAGGAAGAAUCGCUCAAAGGCGAACCGCUACUGCUACGGUGUCGACCUCAACAGAAAUUUCGGUUACAAACAUGGAGGAAGCGGUUCGAGUAGCAACCCUUGCUCAGAAAUAUAUAGGGGACCUUCAGCCUUCAGUGAACCAGAAUCUCAAGCUCUGAAGAAGGCAGUGGAAUCUGUGAAGGACAGACUCAAGGCAUACGUGACGGUUCACAGCUACGGUCAGAUGAUUCUGCACCCUUGGGGCUACACGAGCAUCAGGCAUCCUGACACGGAAACUAUGAAUUAUAUGGGUCAAGGCAUGGCAGAAGCAAUUCGAGCAGUCAAUGGCAAGCACUACUCCGUGGGCAGCGCGGCAGGCAUUCUAUACCCCUCGGCGGGCGGGUCGGACGACUGGGCCAGUAGCGAAGGAGUCCUGUACUCAUACACGGUGGAGCUGCGCGACACAGGCAGCACAGGCUUCAUCCUCCCCGCCAGCCAGAUCAAACCUACGGUCGUCGAGACAUGGGCGGCCAUCAAGUACAUGGGCAAGAAAAUAAUAGAAGAAAACCCUGGUUUCUACUCGGCUACAGUUCCCCAAGACUUGACACAGAAAGAAUUAGACGUCCUCAAAGCUAUCGAAAGUUUCAGUCUCAAGUCACGUCCAGACCUGGCAGGUGUAACGACGUCGCCGGUUAAUCCUUUUGACGGAUUUGCAGUCAACUUGUUCAGCGGAAUACCAGGCCAUGCUGGAAUAGCGAACCCAUAUAUUUAUCCUUUAGCUCCACUUUUUGGCGUUCCAAAUUUAGGCUUUGAAUUUGGUAGUUUUGAUCCUAGGCCUGUUAAUUCUGCGAAUUCCGAAAAUUUCGGACUAUUUGAUCCUGAAGGUUAUUAUGACGGCAGCGAGUUUCUAAAUGCGCAUUUCAAUCAAGCUUUGAACUUUGGAUUCCCUGGAGUUGGCUACCAAAGUCAGGCUCAUCGAGCGCCUCCAUACCAAAACUCGCAAUCUUUUCAACUUCCCGAUACCCAGUUUUUCUCAGGAGGACCUUCACCUCGACCUCAAAGCUUCCGAUCACCUGUGUCAGGAGACCAACCUUCAAUUAAUCAAGCUCAAGAUUAUUUUCACCAACCUAAUAAAUACAAAGACAGUUUGCCGCAGCAGCCCGGUUUCGUUCACUCUAGCCAGCCUACACAAUUCAACUACCAGAAUCCUUCUAUUUUUAACUUACCAUUUCCCGCACUGCUUCCAGGCCCUGCAUUCUUGCCGGGUAUACUAACCUCAAGCCAAUUUGGCGGUGAUCCCAUUCAGUACAACAGUCCAAUGAUUAUCAAACCGAGCUUUCCCGAUAAUGAAGUUCAACCGGCUCAAGGGUUCUUGGGAUACCAAUUCAAGGAUAAUGAGCAAGGCUUUAACCAACCAGCCCACUUUUCUACAAAAAGCCAACCUACUCCUUUUAUUCCUUCCCCUACCUUUUCAAGUCAGCCUUUUCGUCCUAUCAUUCAGUCACACGCCUCAUCUCCUGCUAAAGCUCAAUUCAAAACGAAUAUUAAUGCUGCCACCGCCCCCGAGGUCCCAUCAGCUGAACCUAAAUUUUCUCAUCCAUUUUUGAACUCCCCAAACGUGCUCGUUUCUCUCGGUAGUCCCCAAAAUGAUCACUAUUCCUUUAGGUACGAUGGUCCUCAAGACUACCCUGGCGAUGGGAAAUUCAUACCAAUUGAAUUCUCGAGAUCUUUGAGUCAGUGAGUUAUUGAAAUUUAGCGCGACUGCAUGUCUUAUGUCUAUUUAUUCGAUUAUUUAUUAUUCAAUUUAGUUAGACUCUAGUGUAAUGGGACGCAUUAUUUUCAUUAAAACAUCUGCAUGUUACCCUGGUCAGCAUUUAAAGUGCUAAAGACUUAAUCAACAUACUUGAUUUCGUAUUGAAUAAACUACUUUAUUCCAGUCGCUAAAAUUAAACAAAAUGUUUUUGAUGUCAUUCAGUAUCGCGAGGGUGCAAAAUGGAUCUAGAGUGUAGGGACCGAAAUGGUCUGAGUUACAAAAGUAUGCAGAAGAGUUUCAUUUCCUUUUAGUCACAACGGUUGCGAUACCCAGCGUGUUUAUUAUCAUAUAUUAUUAAUGCAUUGAAACUUAUACAACAUUUUUAUUUUUCGCAACUCACUACUGCAAUAUUGUUCUUCCCGGGAUACUUUCAAAUUUAUUUUUAGAAAUUGUCAUUCAGUAGUAGACUAAUUGAAUUGGCUUUGUUCAUUUACAUUGAUUUUUAAAUAUUUUAGCGGAGUCUUGAAGAUUAUGUUGUUUGGAUCAAAUAGAUGGAAAAUUACUUCAGCAAAUUUAGUUUGAGCUAUUUUCUCAUACUUUUUGCAAAAAAUUAAACUAUUUAUUCACGUGAAAUGUUUAUUGUACGAAUCAUAAUGUUUGUUCAUGAAUCAUGAAAUCAAAAUAAUGAAAUUAAUUAUCGCAUCAAGAACCAUUGCCUGCGAUUACAAAUUAAUUUGUUAACUUUCAAAUAUAUUGACAUUAUUGU